CAUGUGUUUAUUUGUAAAACAUUAGGGUCAUCAUCACAAGUUUGCAACGACUGCACGGUCCAGCUGGGCCAGUGUGCGCUCCAAUCAAAUAUCAACCUCGUACACGUCACCCGGUCACGCUGUUUUCGAUCGCUUUGUCACCUACACAGCGUCACGGUGGUUUCAUCAUAUCUCAGUUGGCACGUCAGUGUGCCCCCCGCAUGUCUGGUUCGGGGGCGGGGGUCGGGGGUCGGAGGGGGGGGGGGGGUCAGGUGCUGACCGGUCAGCGGGCAGCGAGCGCGCGUCCCGGCGCCCCAGCCCAGCCGGAGCUCCGCCCCGCGCCGCGAAAUGGGCCCUACGCUCGCCGCUAGAAAGUUGGCUCGCCGGCAAACGGGUGGCGGCCGCCGGCUGAGGAGGACGCACGGGCUCCUCUCCGCGCUCCCGGACCGUCGCCGCCGCAGUGACGACGUAGCCGGCCGUACUCUGUCGUAGUCGGCUGUUGUCGCAGUAGCGCGGCGAACGAGGUCUUGCAGUGCGCGCCGGUGCCGCGCGCAGUGAGGUCGACAGAGGACUGCUCGCGACCGCGUGCGUUCGGCUGGGGACCUCCGUCUCAGACUCGUUACUGGAAGGACUCCACUGGUCCGUAUGGUGGUCACCUCCGCUGUCAACAUUGACACGAUGCCUCGUCUCCACCCGCUGGAAGCACUGCGCUCGUUCGUCGGACGCGACUCGUCCAAGGAGCCCGCUCAGGGCGCGGCACUGGUGACCAGUACCAACACUGCCAGCAUCCUCAAACGACUUCCGGAGCCGCGCCGGCCGGAACAGCACUGCGCCGCCGCCAACGAGCCGGACAGUUGUCGCGUACACUUCGCCGACAGCUCUUGCCCGCACCCGUGCCGACUGCCGCGGCGCGGCCGACGGGAGCGCGUCGUGAUCGACGUUGAGGCGGAGCGAUGCGCGUCGGAGCGCGAGGCGCUCGUCACCGGCCCGGCGCACGUGCCGCGCGCAGCGAUGACGACACAGACGUCCAACGGGUCGGAGGCCGGCGCACAGUUCAGCGCCGUCGGAAAACAGCGUCCCGUCCACCUGCAGUUCCAAAAUGUGGGCUGCUCGGCCGGUGGACGACAGAUCCUCUCGGGCAUCUCGGGCUAUGUCAGACCCGGGGAGGUGCUGGCCGUCAUGGGACCCAGUGGCUCCGGCAAGACGUCUCUGCUGAACGUGCUGUCCGGGAGGCUGAAGCCGGACGCCGGUGACGUCCUCCUGAACGGCGAGCUGCUCAACAAGCACCUGAAGAGGAAGAUCUGCUACGUCCUUCAGGAGGACAUCUUCUUCGCACACCUGACCCUUCGACAGACGUUAAUGUACACUGCCCAGCUGCGACUGCCGGACCGACUCAGCCACGCCGAGAAGGUCGCCCACGUAGACCACAUUAUCGACACACUGGACCUGACGCGCUGCCAGCACACACGGAUCGGCGAGUACAUGAAAGGCGGCCUCUCCGGGGGAGAGAAGAAGAGAGCCAACAUCGGCUGUGAACUCCUGACCAACCCGGCUCUGAUGCUUCUCGAUGAACCCAGCACCGGCCUGGACUCGAGCGCCACGUACAGCCUGAUCAAGAACCUGAAGGAGUACGCGCUGAAGGAGAGGAAGACGAUCGUGCUGACGGUCCACCAGCCCUCCUCCCAGGUGUUCUACAUGUUCGACAAGCUGCUGCUCCUCUGCAACGGACAGACUGCCUACUUUGGAGAGGUCGGCAAUGUCGUCAAUCAUUUCAACAGUCUCGGCCUCUUCAUCCAGCCACACUACAAUCCUGCCGACUUUGUUCUGGAACAGCUGAAAACGACGGAGGACAAGCUGCAAAAAAUUCUGGCGGCGGCCCGACCCAACUCCAAGUCACAGCUGAGCGCCGACACACCUUUCUCCAGCACCGGUAGCCUGUACUCGGCACCGUACACGGGCGGCGACGCCAGCGAACCUAGCGAGAAAGACGUUCCCAAGUGCAAGUGUGGCCAGAAGCUUCCCUGGCCUUCAACCAUCAACGAGCAAGAGGAGCUGCCGAAGAUCUGCAAGAACUGCCGCAACAGCAGCGCGACCGACCUCAGCAUCCUGAUCGAGACGGCGCGUCCCGGCCUGGACCUGGAGGCGGCCACCGACCAGGACAGCGGCACUUCCACCUGGUCCAACGACUCGCACAGCAACGAGCUGGAGGAGGAGUUCUUCACCGACCGGUGGCCCACAUCCUUCUGGACGCAGUUCAAGGUGCUGACGCUGAGGAAUUUCCGCGAGGCCCGUCCGCGGGUGCUGAGCAGACUGAAUCUGAUCCUCACGGUGGCUCUCGCGCUGCUCGCCGGACUCGUCUGGUUCCAGUUAGAGCGCACAGAGGAGAGCAUCGCUGACUUCCAGGGCUGGAUCUUCUUCUCCACAAACUACUGGAUGCUCUUCUCGCUGUUUGGAGCACUUUUCAACUUUCCGUCCCAGCAGCAGGUGGUGAACAAGGAGCGCGCUUCGGGCGCCUACCGGCUCUCGGCCUUCUACCUGUCCCGGGUGUUCGGAGAGCUGCCGCUGCUCAUGGUGCCGCCUACGCUGUACUUCGUCAUCUCCUACCCCAUGAUGGCCGGCAGCUCGGCCGUCACGUUCAUCCAGCUGCUGCUGCUGCUGCUGCUCAACAGCAUCGUGGCAGAGAGUGUCGGCGUGUUCUUCGGCGUGGCCUGCAUGGACUUCCAGGUGGGGAACACGGUGGGCGCCAUCUUCACGUGCGGCACACAGCUGUUUGGCGGCUUCCUGUCGACGCACAUCCCCAGCUGGCUCGGCUGGAUGCGCUACCUCUCCAUGGUGUUCUACGCCUACCAGAACAUGCAGAUCGUCGAGUUCACGAACGGCGCUCCGUUCAGGUGUGCCGAGGAGAACUCCAAGUUCGUGGCGUGUGUGGCAGAUGGCGCUACAUUCGUCCCGCCCGAAGAGCUGCUGAGCCGGCGCGGCGGAGAGCUGCCGUUCUGGGCCAACCUGUCCGCGCUGUUCGCCUUUAUGGUGGUGUUCCGAGUGCUCGGCUACGUGGUGCUACGGUUCUUCCGCACGCCCACUCAUUAACCGGACUGGGGUGGCGGCGCCGCCUGUCCUGCUGCCACGCAACCGACAGUGUCCUCUUUUGCUGUACUGUUUUCAAUAGUUCUUAUCGCGCUGUUGUACCGUGCCUGAAAAUGCCUCAAAUAGCAUGAUGUCUUGCGUGACGCGAGCUUUAGUUGAUUGGGAAGUUCGUCUGGAGUACAUCUUUGUCGGAAAGGGUUGACAUGCAUCGUUUUGGAAGGUGAGGUUCCUAGUGUUAUCGGGCUGAGGUGUUCCGCAGCCCUGUUCAGUCAUGUAACGGCUGCUGUGUGGCUCUGCAUUCCUAUUGUUUGUCAGUGAUCCACAGAUAUGUCGGGUUCCUAGUGGAAUGCGCCGUGUUUUCGCGAUCGCCAGCGCGACGCGGUCUCAUUCGAGUGAACAGCCUUUGCUGCCAUGUCUCGUGUGUGCCACUGUAGUGUCGUGUCCACGCCUUAUCAUCACUCGCCUGUUGUGAUAUAAUCAUUGAUGACUUGAAAUCAUGGCAAUCAUAUUUGUAAAUAUACCGUAUGCAUUCUGAGGCCCAACGGGGAACGUGGAGGUAGCAUGCAAAUAGCCGCCUGUUGCGCCAUUUCUCAUUGAUCCGGGAGUACGGAGGGUGAGAAAAGAUGAGAUCAGGAUCAACUGAGAGCUAUGAUUUGUGAACAGAAUCCAGUGCAGCCUCUGAAGCAUUUCUCCUGUAGCAGCUGUGUCACACUGCGGAAUCAGUGAUGGGCAGGGUCACAGCAGAGACGGCCUGAUGACGGUUCACAGUGUUUGGAGCGGACGGCUGUGGUUAGACUAUUUUUGCAUGUGCCGAUCUUUGUACCGCGGUGUUAAGGUGAUCGUCGUGCUCACUGGAGUAUGCAUUUUUGCGUGUUCAGGUAUAUACGCACAAACUGACUUUGUAAAAUACAAUUAUUGUGUGAA